AUGGCUAAGGAUCAAUACGUAAAUAAGGAUUUAUUUUCGUUGAUCCUUAGCCACGUGUCACGUUUUGGCUGGUCGGUGGUUGAUACGAGACAAGUUAGACACCUUAAGGAUCAAGGUUUUCAAUGUGAUGAGAAGGUGGUCAAGGUACAGAAGACCGUGUGUGAGCUUAAGAAGACCGUUCGAGAGCUAAAGACCGUUUGUGUAGUCGUCUCCGUAUUAGCUUCUAUAGGUUUGGCGGUUAUGUGUGUGACUGGAAGAGCUUCAAUGGUCUAA